ACGAAAUCUGAAACCGAAACCAGACUCUAAAUGUAGUGUUCUUUGAUUCAAGAAGUAGAUCUCUAGACCAAGAAUCUAUUACCUAGACCUUAUCUAUAAUCUAGAUGAGUAGAUCUAUAUUAUAUCCAGUCUAAAUUGUAAUCUACACAAAAAGCCCUACAACCAAAGGUACACAAAAAAAAGGAAAUAUGGUGCGAUUCAAGAACAGAUAUGCAUUAUGUGAAGUAAUUGUCCCGGGUCAGGAGAACGGUUCUAUUAACUUUACUAAAAGUAAACUGUAUAGAGCUAUCAAACAGUCUAUAAUAAGCAACCAUGGUGACUAUGGCAUAGGAGCAUUAGACCAGUCUUUAAGAGUGAUCUAUAUUAACACUGGUACAAGAAUAGUCUUGAUAAGGGCAGAGAGAAAAUAUUUCCACAUGGUCACUUCUGCCAUAAUUUUCAUCAGAAAGAUAGGACUGCAUGAUGUCAUCUUUAAAACUCUGCAUGUUGGUGGUUCUAUCAGACAGUGUUUUAAGUUUCUGAUCAAGUAUCACCAAAAGAGUUUUCCAUCCAUGUACCAGUCUUGUCAAACAGAAGAUGACAAAAUCAAAGUGCUAGAAUCUAUCAUUGAUGCCUGUGAUGCUUCAACAAGUGUUAAAGCACUCAUGGACAAAAUCUCAUAGCAAGAAGUCAUAAGUGUUGGAAACUUAAAAAUGUACAGAUAAUAAUCUUUGUUGUCAUGAUUUAGUAGAUUUGUUUUUAUAAAAUAAAAUGUAUUAGUAUAUUA